AUGGAGAGCGGAGAUAUUCCAUCGAAGUAUCAAAAUGUAGCCCUCAUAGUCGGUGUGACGGGCAUGUCAGGCAACAGUCUUGCAGACAUCCUUCAACUUCCUACGACCCCUGGUGGCCGUUGGAAAGUUUAUGGUGUUGGACGAAGGCGUCAGCCUGAAUGGCAGUUUCACCAUAACCACGUUCAAUACAUCCAAUGCGAUAUGGCUGACGAAGACGAUAGCCAAGCUAAACUUUCACACCUGAAUGAUGUUACUCAUAUAUUCUAUGUUGGGUGGGUAACGAAAUCUUGUGAAGCCGAAACUUAUGUUGAGAAUGGUAAAAUGUUGCGUAAUGUUCUUAAUGCCGUCAUACCUAAUGCACCGAACUUGCAGCAUAUUUGUCUUCAAACGGGUCAGAAAUAUGCCGUCCCUUCUUCGGACGCGUUAGGUGAGAUUCAAGAAGAACCUCGAUUUAUCGAGGACCUCCCCAGGGAAGACAUCGAAGAUUCUUAUUAUGCCAUGGAGGAUAUAUUUUUGGAGGAGGUUGGGGAAAAGCGGAACGUGACAUGGUCUAUCCACCGACCUGCUGUAAUGUUCGGAUUUUCUCCUUAUAGUACUCGAAACAUUGUUGGGUCACUCUGUGUUUAUGCCACUAUUUGCAAGCAUGAAGGACAGCCGUUAAGAUUUCCGGGCAUCCAAGCUGUCUGGGACGGGUAUUCAGAGGUUGUGGAUGCUGACCUGGUGGCUGAGCAGCAAAUAUGGGCAGCAAUUGAUCGCCAAGGCAAGCGACAAGCGUUCAAUUGUAGCAAUGGAGACAUGUUCAAAUGGAAAGAUCUGUGGAAGGUUUUGUCCGAGGAAUUCGAUCUAGAAUAUGUGGAAUUCGAAGAAGGUUCGAACAGCCUUGAAGGAAUGAUGAGCGAAAAAGGUCAUGUGUGGGAUCAGAUUGUACAGGAGAAUGAAAUACUACCGACUAAACUAGAGGAAGUCGGGACUUGGUGGUACGUAGAUUCCAUUCUCAGGAACGAGGUUGUAUCAGACGGUCAAAUUAGUCGGAACAUGGCUAAAAGUAAGGAGUAUGGUUUCGGAGGUUUCAGAGACACUGUGGAGUCUUUCCGGUUUUGGAUCGAACACACCCGAAAGUACAAGAUCAUUCCCGAAGCAAAAGCUAGCUGA